UCGGCGAUGGCGCGGGGCGGGGCCAGGGGUUGUCCGUGCCCAUCGGAGACAUCCGCUUCCGGGGCCACGGCCGAAGUGAGGCGCUUGGCUGGUCGGCCUGGCUGUCUUCGGCAUCGUCCCCCGCAAGCCGUACUCCUUAAUAAUCGGCUACCUUCGUUUCGCUGUCGGUAUCGGUCUUCGGCAACCAUGCUGGAACACCUGAGUUCGCUGCCCACCCAGAUGGACUACAAGGGGCAGAAGCUAGCUGAGCAGAUGUUUCAGGGGAUUAUUCUCUUUUCUGCAAUAGUUGGGUUUAUCUACGGGUACGUGGCUGAACAGUUUGGGUGGACUGUCUACAUAGUUAUGGCCGGAUUUGCUUUCUCAUGUUUGCUGACACUCCCUCCGUGUCCUAUCUACCGCCGACAUCCCCUAAAGUGGUUACCUGUUCAAGACUUAGGCACAGAAGACAAGAAAUCAGGGGACAGAAAAAUUAAGAGGCAUGCUAAAAAUAACUGAUUGGGACUGUCACGAUUCAGCACCUGCUUUCGUUUCCUGUGACAUGAGCUGCAUUGCUUUCAUGACCAAAGCAUGAACUUAAACCACCUAUGUUCUUAGAGCACAGCCGUGUCGAGGUCUAGUUGUUCUGGCUUCAUUUCUAAUCACACAAGGUGUGUACAAUGAAUAAACACCUCAUAACUCA